CUUGCAGGAUUUUCUACGCCGAAGCCACAAUCUUGCAUGGCCGGACUUGGAUUAGAAAAUGGAAACAUCCCCGAUUCAGCAAUAAUAGCUUCCAGCUUUUAUAACUCGUAUUACAGACCUGACCAAGGGCGUUUGCAAGCUCAGUAUGAAAGUGGCGGCUACGGAAGCUGGUUAGCAAGGACAUCGAACAAUCAACAAUGGUUCCAAGUGGAUUUUGGAAACUGGACGAAGGUGACGAGAGUCGCUAUACAGGGACGGCUGAACGCGGCUCAGUGGGUUACAAAGUUUAAACUAGCGUAUGGAUACGACGGGGUAUUUUUCAAAGACUGCAAGGAA